CCAAACGAAUCUUUUCGCAUUUCAUUUUUUUUUUGUUCGCUUAGUCGUCCUACUCCAUAGACGUGUAGCAAAACGUGUUUCUUUUAUCUCACCAUUUUACCCAAGACUAAACAAAAACGACCGGGAAACAGCUGGAGAGCUAUUCGUGGAGUCUGUCGCUUCACCUCCCGAUGGCGGGACUCACCGGAAAUAUCGAGCAGUUUCUUAAGUAAACAUACCGAUCCUCGCUUUUGCCGCGAAAAAGGCGAUUGAAUUGGCGCCAAGGCGUGCUCAACUAUGCGUGUUAUUGAGGUGUGAUGAGACAAUCCUGAACUCGAUAUUUCCUUUUCGUCAUUCUCCGCCUUCAGAGACAAUCCCUGUAAUGUGAGGUUACAGGGGCCUGUCAACUGUCGAGAUCGCCAGAUCGGAUUGCAUCACAAUCGAUUUUCCCACUUCCUUUGGAGUGACACGGCCGUCGAGGCUCAGAUAACAAGGCCUUGUGCUAUCCAUGAAGCGUUUGUGAUCCGUGGCACUGUUCUUCAAUUUUGCUUGCUUUUACCUCUCGUUGGAGACUGUUUGAUAUUUUUUCAUCAUGAGGUUAAGGGCGGCCUCUCUCUUCGCCCUACUUUUCCUUGUGUGCAAAAUAGCAAAUUCACAGGAUCAAAAUGAUGAGGAAUGCAACUGUAAACCUGGACAGAAAGGUUCACGGGGAAGACCAGGCCAAGUUGGUGUCCAAGGUGUACAAGGACUGGAGGGUCCUCCAGGGAAAGAAGGCUUAAGAGGUCUUAAAGGCUACAAGGGUGAUGCUGGACAAGCUGGCCCCCCUGGAUCUCAAGGAGAUCAGGGCAUGAUUGGAGUUCCUGGAUUUCCUGGCGUACAUGGCUUACCAGGUUAUCCAGGUAUUCAUGGGCCAAAAGGUUUUAUGGGAAGCUGUGGAUGUGAUGGAGAAAAGGGAGAACCUGGCCAAGUAGGAAUAAAUGGUAGUAGAGGCACAGCAGGAGAUCCAGGAGACAAAGGCCAACAAGGCCCUACAGGUGACCCAUAUGACGGUCCAGUAAAUGCAACCAAGGGGAAACAGGGUGAUCCUGGACCAAAGGGACAACAGGGACCACAGGGUCCUCCUGGAGAAAAAGGCGCCACUGGAAAUGUUGGAAAUCCAGGUCCAAUGGGUGACAGGGGCAUGAAAGGUGACCAAGGGCCCAGAGGAGAUGCGGGUUCACCAGCAACAGGAGAUACAGCAUUACUACAGGGACCAAAAGGAGAUGUUGGUGACCAGGGAGAGCCAGGUGACCCUGGAGAACUGGAAUUAACAGGAUCAAAUGCAACUCUGUUUGAAGGAAAAAAAGGUGACCCAGGACCUGAUGGGUCCGAGGGACCAAAAGGCCAGCGUGGUGAAGAUGCCACUGGUAGAGGUAGGCCAGGACCCCCAGGAGACAAAGGAGCUGUUGGUGAGCAAGGUGAAAAGGGUUCAAUGGGAAAUCGUGGAUUGGAAGGAGAUGAAGGGAAUUUUGGUGCAAAGGGGAAUUCUGGUCCAGUUGGCAUCAAAGGUGAAAGAGGAGCUACUGGCCAGCAGGGAGCAAGGGGUAAUCGUGGAAAUCCAGGCUCAAUUGGUUCAGUCGGAGAGAGAGGAGGUGGACUGCCAGGCAAGAAGGGUAAUCAAGGAAUGAAAGGUACAGCCGGAUCUCCUGGAGACCGUGGGCCUCAAGGCUCUACAGGUGACAUAGGCCCUCCUGGUAACCAAGGCGCUUCUGUCUUUGGUCCCAAAGGAUCUGUUGGUGCUCCUGGACCUGAAGGACCUCUUGGGCCACCGGGAACACAAGGUUUUCCAGGUAUGGAGGGCCAAGAAGGCCCAAAAGGUUUAGAAGGACCAGUAGGUGAUGUGGGAGAGCGUGGUGAGAAUGGGCUCCCUGUGCCUGGCCCAAAAGGCAUGGAUGGACCUCCUGGACCUAAAGGCUUCAAAGGAAUACAGGGAGAGGUUGGAGCCCAAGGACCUAAAGCUGGUCCAGUGUUCUGCCUAGAGAAUGUUUGUCCAUCCCCUAAACCUGGUGGCCAAGGACCUGUAGGGUCAACUGGGGAACCAGGAGAACAAGGGCCAGUGGGCGAAAAAGGUGAAAAAGGAGAAAAAGAUAAAUGUCCCGUUUGCCGUCCUGGUCCAAAAGGUUUUAAAGGAAUAAAAGGCAAUGCUGGUGAGCCUGGAAAUGCUGGAGAACCUGGGCCAGACGGGAUCAAGGGUCCUCAAGGGCCUACUGGCACAAGGGGAGCAGAUGGCACAGCUGGUGUACCAGGACCACCGGGUGCUAAGGGCUUUCCAGGUCCCCAAGGGAAUAUUGGAGAAAAAGGUGAGAGUGGCAAGCGUCCAAGAGAAGAACUGUUUCAACCACCAGGUCCGCCAGGUGAAGUAGGUGACCGUGGCAAAAAGGGAAAACCUGGUCCUCCCGGAAAUGAUGGUUCCCCUGGUAACAAUGGUAGCUUAGGAGAGCAGGGUCCUGAAGGUCUGCCUGGACCACCGGGAGAAGAUGGUUCUCCUGGAGUUGAUGGGGAUCCUGGUGUGCGUGGCAAUAAAGGUGCAGAUGGCCAAAAGGGACAACCUCCUAUCUUGCCAAUCCCCGAAAUGGCCAAAAAUGGUUCAAAAGGUCAGAAGGGUGAAAGAGGAACUGAUGGAGCCAAGGGAGCAAAAGGAUCAACAGGGGGUAUUGGAAAUUUAGGUCAAUUAAAAAUUGGCGACAAAGGCAAGCCUGGUGUAGAAGGACUGAAGGGCAACACAGGUGCUAUUGGUGGAAAAGGAGAACGUGGCUUACCUGGGCCUGAUGGACCCAAAGGGCUCCCAGGAGAUGAUGCACAAGGACCCGCCGGUCCUGCAGGUCCAAAAGGUAUAAAAGGACGGAAUGGCUCUAGAGGUGCUGUUGGUGAUAUGGGUGAUCAAGGCGUGAUAGGCCUCCAGGGCCCACCAGGAGAUAAAGGAGCACAGGGCAUGGAGGGAGAAGCAGGUGACAGCAGAGAUGGACCAAAUGGAACAAAGGGAGAAGAUGGACUUAAAGGACGCAAAGGGAUCAAAGGUGAACCUGGCACUGUUGGAUUGCCUGGUGUGCCAGGUGGUCCAGGAGAAGGUGGAUCACUAGGUCCAAAAGGAUUACCAGCAAAUGGCACUGGACUGCCAGGACCCCCUGGCUUUAAGGGUCCACGGGGACGGAAAGGAGAACCUGGUGACAGUAUAAGUGGGCCCCCAGGAGACCCUGGGGUCAUGGGACUACCAGGUGUCCCAACAAAAGGUGAGAAAGGAGAACCUGGAGUACAAGGCAAAAAAGGAAGCAGUGGAAGCCCUGGCCCGGUUGGACCACCUGGACGAACAGGUGAUGUUGGGCCUGUUGGCAACACAGGUGCUGCUGGACCGCAGGGCGAGAAAGGCCAGACAGGAGUAAUUUUGUGUGGUCAAGAAAAUGCUGAUUAUUCAUUCCUUGUGGAUGCAUCUGGUAGUAUUCUCUCAGACGAGUUUGCUAAAUUGAAACAAUUUAUUAACGGAGUAGUUGACUAUCUCAGUAUUGGCCGUGCCCUUACUCAUGUUGGCCUCAUUGAAUACAGCGGAAGUGCCAAAAUGCAGAUUAGCUUUAACACAUCCUACGACAAAGAAGAGAUAAAAAAGCGUGUGGAUGAUGUACCUCAUACAGCUGGUAUUACGCGAAUUGAUUUGGCCCUAAAGGUUGCCUCUGAAGAAUUAUUUACAGAAGAAGGCGGAAUGAGACAAAAUUCUAGAAAGGUCAUGGUCCUGCUAACAGAUGGUAAUCAAACAGGAACUGAUAUUGCUCCUGAUCAAACACCCCUUGUUGAUGCUGUUCAACCAAUCAAAGAUCUGGGAGUGAAAGUAAUUGCAAUUGGUAUUGGGAGUGUUGAUAGGAAUCAGCUGUCUACAUUAGUAGAUAGCCCGGAAGACAUUUUGACCCCAAAAACUUUUGAUGAACUUCUAGGACUGGUCAGGACCACAGUAGAAAAGAGCUGCAGAGGACCGGUAGGUGAACCCGGCAGGGACGGACCUAAAGGUUUUAAAGGAAUCCCAGGGAUUGUCGGUGUUGAGGGUCUCCCUGGGAUGUUCGGCAACCAAGGUCCGACAGGUCCAGCUGGUCAGACAGGACCUCCAGGCCCUAAAGGCAUGGUGGGAGAUAAAGGAUUUAAAGGCGAUGAAGGACCACCAGGUGAAGCAACACCAGGCUCAAAAGGAGUCAGAGGUGAUCCUGGUGACCCAGGCCCCCCCGGAGAACCAGGUUUGAAUGGACUUGACGGGCUUAAGGGGGAUGACGGCUUCCAAGGAGCAGCUGGGUUUACAGGAGACACGGGAGAUGCAGGGCCUAUAGGACCACUUGGACCUCGUGGAGAGACUGGAGCCAAUGGUGAUCCAGGUGAUGCUGGUCCUAUUGGACUUAGCGGAAUUCCAGGAAUGGAUGGUGAUGAUGGCGUUCGUGGUUUGCCAGGAUCAAAGGGUGUAAUUGGUUUUCCUGGAGAUCCGGGCAUCCAAGGUCCUUUUGGUGAUCCUGGACCUGACCUGCCAGGUGAAAAAGGAAAGCCUGGGAGCAACGGAGUAGAUGGGGUGCCAGGCUUCGAUGGCUUUCCCGGACCUGUUGGUGACGCUGGCAGCCAAGGCGCCCCUGGGAAUACCACACCUGGUGAACCUGGACCACCUGGUGUUCCUGGAGUCAAGGGACAGAAGGGUGACCCGGGGCCACCCCCAGCAGAAGGUGUUGUGAUUCCAGGUGGCGACCCAGGAGAGCCUGGAGUUCCUGGAAAGUUUGGUAUGCCUGGACUGAAUGGCGUCACGGGCGAUGCAGGCAGAGAAGGAGAACCUGGAGCUCUAGGACCUCCUGGCGAACGUGGGAAUACUGGUGACCCCGGUAAUGCAGGGACACCAGGAAAUCCAGGUGAUCCAGGCUUGCCAGGGCUCCCAGGUGAUCCAGGAGUUGGUGGAGAUCCUGGAGCAGACGGUGAAAAAGGCGCUAAAGGAAACAGAGGACCAGAUGGAAUCAAAGGUCUUAAGGGCGUAAGGGGUGAGGCAGGAAGUCCAGGCCCAGUUGGAUUGGACGGCAUGGUCGGCGAAAAUGGAGAUCCUGGACCCAGAGGUGCGAAAGGCUUAAGUGGAUUGGGUGGAAAGAAAGGCCUUCCUGGCCCAACUGGUGAUAGUGGCCUCCCCGGAUUUCCCGGGGCCCCUGGUGAGCAGGGACCAGCAGGCGAAGACGGGGCUCGUGGUGAUGCAGGUGAUAUGGGCCCGAUAGGUCCGAAAGGUGUCCAGGGCACGGUGGGCCUACCAGGAUUCAACGGAUUUCCUGGAGAAAAAGGCCCGAAAGGAGACAACGGAACCGCUGGUGUUCCAGGAAGAAAUGGUGAUCCGGGAGAGGCUGGGCCCAAAGGUAACCCUGGUGACGACACAACUACCCCAGGGCUAAAGGGAGCCAAAGGUGACGAUGGACUUCUUGGUACACCAGGAAUACAGGGACCCACAGGGGAACCAGGACCUCAAGGCCCACGUGGCCUUGUUCCUGGCCCUAAGGGCGAUGCUGGUGUUCCUGGCUUGCCGUCAGACAUUAGAGGGAUCCCUGGGGAACCCGGUGUCCCCGGCAAGAGAGGCGGUGCUGGUUUCCCCGGUCAGCGCGGGGAAUCUGGUACCCCUGGCAAUACGGGCGUCAUAGGACAAUCGGCAACUGGGGAAGGCUACCAUAUGGUUGUUCACAGCCAGUCAACAUCAAUACCUGACUGUCCACUGAAUCUGACAAGACUCUGGACGGGCUACAGUUUGCUGUAUGUCCAGGGUCAUGAUACUUCACACGGCCAGGACCUUGGUGCGUCGGGUUCGUGUUUAAGACGAUUCACCACCAUGCCAUACCUGUUCUGUAACAUCAACGAACAGUGUUACUACGCCUCUAGAAAUGACUACAGCUACUGGCUCACAACGGACCUACAAAUCCCAAUGAUGCCUAUUAGUGCCCCUGCUGUCGAGCCUUUCAUCAGUAGAUGCGCUGUCUGUGAAGCACCUGGGCCUGUUGUCGCCACUCAUAGUCAAUCCACAAACAUCCCAGAUUGUCCUGCUGGAUGGCAACCCAUUUGGAACGGAUACAGCUUCCUGAUGCACACUGGAGCUGGUGGUAGCGGAAGUGGUCAAUCGCUCUCCUCUCCUGGCUCGUGCCUCAGAACAUUCCGCCACAAUCCCUUCUUUGAGUGCCACGGUCGUGGUACUUGCCACUAUUUUGCCAAUAAAUACAGCUUCUGGCUCGCUACUGUCGACCAGAUGUUUGUCGCCCAGACACCAGAGACCCUCAAACCUGGUAAUCUUUUAAGCCGUGUUAGCCGCUGUUCCGUUUGCUACCGAGAGGCGAGUAAGAAGAAGAGACGCCGUCAUGCCUUCUUCCCGAGAAUGUUACCAAUAAAGAAAAACCUGGCGUUCGCUCCACUUCACUUACAAAGAGCGUCGCAGCAGAUGUCACAGAGACAGUCCUAGAUUGUAAGAAUAACAGUGUUCAUUCGACAAGGACUAAUGGUUAAAAUUAAACUUUUUUUACUGUCUGUAGGAGCCGAGUUUUGGUAGCGGUUAUCUGGGUGGUAAUGCAACCCAGCGAAAUAUUGCGUGAUUGCCCAAGUAAGGACUGCCAAGGUGAUUGUCUCUGAAUUGCUUGGAGAAGUCUUUUUGUUCUAUUUGGUAGUAACGAGAAUCAAUUUUGGCUUGGACAACUUAGAUAGUGUAGUUAUAAAGCAUAGAUGACAUAGUGGCGCCAACUGCAACCUAUACACCUCGCGAGGUAAUUCUGAAUAACCUUGUGUCAAGGCUUAAGUUAAUUUUGAUGUCUAAACUGAAUCUUAACUUCGUUCAAUCUCGUUACUUCAGUGUAGUGAUUGAAUCAUUAAAACAAAUUGCUCUUGAAGUUAUCGUGUUUUGCUCAACGGUGACGAAGAAGCUGGUAAUAGUCCUUAAAGCCCGUGAAACAGACCAUUUGUGAUCAGUUACGUUAGUUUCAGCUACUAAGAAAUGUAACGAAUUUUUUUUUUUUCUUUUAAAAAUAAGCUCGCAUGACAAAUUUACCGUUUGCAAUCAGAAGGCCUCCGAAGACAAGGAGAUCCAAAAACGGCACUUGUUGCCCCAGUGGCGUAAUAAUACAAAAUCUUAAUUGGCAUUCAGGCUAUGAAUCAAGGUCUCAUCACUUGUGUUUAUUUAAGGUUUAAGGCCAUUUGACGGAUAUCUUUUCUGCCAUUAUAGCAUGGAGUCGAGUCAAUUUUCUCCUAGAUAACGCGUUUUCCUUCGUAAAUUUCCAAAUUUUAUGAAGACGAGAUCUCUUGGAAACGCUUGAUUUUACAGAACACUUGUUUCCUUUGCUUGUAUAUUUUGUAAAACAAGUAAUCUAGAAUUUCUGGAGUCGUGAGCAGAGCAACCAAAUUGUGGAAACCUGGCCGUAGUCGUUACUAAUAUUUAGAAAACUACUCGACCCACGGGAUAUUGAGGAUAAUAGACAAGAGCGAGGAGGAAAACUGUACGGUUCACUGUUUCAGUUUGGUUCAGGUACCUUUACAUUUUUCCGACCACACACUCUUGUGGCAACAUGUUAAAUAGAUCAUUUUACAGUUGUCUGUUCAGUGACCUGGCCUUUGAAUGGCAGCGAGGCUUCAGUUAACCUUGUUUUGAUAAAGACCUCGCUGCUUUUGUUGUGUAAAUCGAGUUGUUCUCGUGCUAACUAGCUGGCAUUUGAAUGAGAAAAGCAAGGUCACCUCCAGCCUCGCUUGUAUUCAUAGACCAGGUAAUUAAGCACACAAUUGUAAAAUGGCCUUUUGUUUCUAUAUAAGGUCUUUGGUCAUUCUUAUCUUAAAACACCGUUAUUGGUAGCAGUACUACUUAAACCCUUUCAAUGUCGAGAGUGGUCAAGGUCAACUUGAAAGUAUUUUACAUUUAAUUUAGCAAAUUUUGUUGAGAAGCAAACACUUCCACCCAAAAUAAAUCCCGUAAUCUUUGAAUUUCAACCGCCUCGUAUUUUAUAUCGAGCAGUGCAGCACGAAAAUAUCGCUUAGUAACUUUCCUUUUUAAGCAAUAUCGUACGGAUUUAAACACAAAUUCGUGGUAAGCUAGUGUUGACUGUUGGUGUGAAAGGGAUUACUCACUAUUAUACAGUGCUAGAAAUAUGUUAUGUUUUUGUAGUAUUAUUGCAUUAAGCAAUUUAUAGUAAUUAGGCAAUAUUGUUAAUACAUUCUAGUAGGAAUACAUUUGUAAUUAAAUCGACUUAAGGUAGUUUCAUUUGCAUCGAUUCUUAAUUCGGGGUAUUGAUAAUAAAAUUGUUGUGUUAGUUUG